AUGCAGCAGUUGCAUCUUUUGAAAGCCAUCCAGUGGCAUACCGACUGCAGCAUCUGUGCGACUCACAACCAAUAUCUGCAUUUCGCCUCUGGUGACGGAUUCGAGUGUGAAUCCGAAACGUCAGGCAACAAGGGAACUCCAGUCGUCUCGCCGGUCUCCAGUCCAAUGGCAGAACUGGUCCUACGGGAGUUAGAAGAUAUAGCCUUCAUCCAACAUGAGCUGGCAUUUCUGCGCCGUUACGAAGAGGACACGCUUACUAUCGCAAAUAAGGACCUGCUACAACGUUCCAACAACCUGCUCAACGCAAUCUGCCCCGAUAUAAACUUCACUAGUGAAGAACAGACGCAGCAGGUGCCCCUUCUUGAUGUACUCGUCAGACGAAACUUUAACGGCAAACUUGAAAUGAUGGUUUAUAGAAGGCCAACGAACGCCAAACAGCUUCUCAGUUUUCACAGCAGCCAUCCGGUGGCACACUAA